GAAACUGAGAAGAGGACGAGCGAAAGGUGAGAGCUCAAAGUAAACUACCUUAUUAGAGGAAUGAGCAAGAAUUUGCUGGUCACUUUACCAUCCUUGUUGUUAUGAUAAACGGAUAUUUACAGGCGUCAGUGCGGUUCUUCCACCCUCAAUCUCUUUUCACUGCUUGAUCACCCAGAAUUUGCACCAAACAACCCUGCCGACGUUGGCACGGCACCCACUAAACUUGCAACAGAAUGUCUUCACACAUGAACCAAGAAGAAUCCGAGGAGGAUUGGGAUAAAGACACCGAAGAUAUCAAUUCGAUCGCCUCAGAUGAACUGCACGAAACACGCCCUAAUCGGUGGAAAGGUCCCCCCUCCACAUGGCUCACAUUCACCGCGCAGGAAAGAAAGGCCUAUCAAGCGUUAGAGGGUUUGCGCAGGCGUGACUUAUCAGCACAUCUCUACAACGCGCAUGCACUGAAAACUCGGGUCAAAAGGCAGAAGACAGAAGAGGCAACCAACGAUCAAACUGAAGAUGAUCAGGGUCCACGGCACAGAGAGAAUGAGUGGGCUCCGAGCCAUCGAUGGACGGCCUGGCCACUGAGGACUGGUGAGGUCGUUGAUGAUGAGCUCCUUCCCCGGACCGCAGACGAGCACGAGGCUUUCACGCUGCGUCGGACUGUCCAGACUUACCCAAGCAAGAAUCUGGAGGAAGAAAUUUCGGCAACAAUUCUGCGAUGUGCCAAGGAAAAGUUCCGAAGCAGAGGGUUCCCGGAAGAAGACGACGAGGAUGAUCAAUCAGCAGUACAGCCGGCAGGCGAAGGGAACGAUGGCGUCGUGGACUCAAUAGAAACGGGCGACAACGACGACCAUCACCAUGCCGAAUCCAGCCAGUUGCCAUCUAGCCCGCCAAGGCGCAACGACGAGUCCUCCCGGUAUAGCGUACCACUCUCGAGCCCGGUCAAAGGUGAGCCAGUCUCUCAAGACGAGAACAGUAAGCAAACUGGCUCCUCUUCGCAUAUCUCCAACUCCUCACGUCGACGCCGUCGAGCUCCUACGCCUACCUACAUCCCCGCCCCGUCAGUCGACGACGACAGGUCCUACAAACUACUACGUCCCGCAUCGCGGCGCAUCCUCUCCAAGCUGGACGAGACCUUAACAAUUCUACACAAUGCUCGCGUUGCCGGUCUCCGCGACCUGUCCGAAUCUUCUGCUAGUGACACCGAAGAUAACGACAACGACGCCGAGACGGAGCCUGUCCGACAGCAGCAGCAGCAGCGCACGCGAAGAGGACGACCCCGUGCGCCAUCACCGUCCCCAUCCGCGGAAGCCACAGCUUCCGAGUCCAAACCAAAUCCGCGAAGCAGGCGCGGCCGUAAAAGAAAAGUACGCAUCCCGCUCGAGGGCGAGACAGAAGAGGAAAUGCUUGUCCGCGUCGCCCGCGAGACACACAGGCGGAUACCCUCCUUUUCUCGUUCUCGGGCUUCCUCGUUCCACACAACCGACGACGACGACGAAACAGCUUCUGAGGCCGAUACCGAAGCCGUGCCGCCAAGAUCCUACCAACUACCCACCUCCUCCAAGAAGACAAAACGUCCCACCAGGGACCGGAGCAGAAGCAGAAGCGUAACCAGCACCGCCGCCGCCGCCGCCUUGACCGCCGUCCAAGAAAAAGACCGCAUGGACCGCGUCGCCCGCUGGGGUCUCCGCGACUGGCGCGACGUACUGGGCGCGGCUGCCCUCGCCGGGUUCCCGCAGAGCGUGAUUGCCCGCGCGACGCAGCGGUGCAGCACCCUUUUUGGAGAGGAGAUGACGAUGCAUACCCUUUCUUCCUCCAAGACCAAAACGACAACCUACCACCCCGGCGACCCGCUCCCCGAGUCUUCGGACUCGGAAGUCGACACGGCUGAUGAGUUGGAGCAGAGGAGGACGGUUAGUAGGCAGCCGAGUCUUGUGAGGACGUUUUCCCCUCCUGAUGAUUCUCAGGAGGAUAACCAGGAAGAUGAAGUUAUGGAGGGUGUUGAAGCUGCUCCAGCCGAAGCUGGAACAGAGGCUGCAGAAACGGAGAGACAAGGAAGGGGAAGAACGGGACGCGGUAGAAGCGAGAGCCGGGCCCGGAGCAGGAGCAGAGCCAGAAGGGCGGGUACGCCGGCACCGGGCCUAGGCGGCAGCGGCGGGCUGAGGGUGAGGAGACGGUCGGUUACACCGGCGGCGGGUGGGGAUGUGUAUUUCUGCCCGUAUCCUGAGUGUGUGAGAGCUGUGGAAGGGUUUGCGAGGAGAGCGAAUAUGCAUCGACACUUGAAGCUUGUUCAUGGGCGGAGUCCACCUGCUUCUCCCGCAGGUUCUGUGGUGGGAGGGGAUGAAGAUAGUAUGGAUGAGAUGGAUGGGGGGAUCCAUUUGGACGGGUUUUUGCAGCCGAUCAAGGUGCGGAAGGGGUGGAGAGGGGAGGAUCUGAUGCAGAGGGAGAGGGAGAGAGGGAGGAGUUAUGGGAGAGGGGAGAAGAAGGUUGGGCGUUGAAUCUGAUGUGAAUAUGAACUUUGGGGAUGAUGAGACUGGAGGACAUGAGAUUGAUCUUUGAAGGCAGUUAGUCUCAAUAUCUUAUGAAGAUUUCGCGACACAGCAAGAUCUGAACUGGGGAAACGGCUACUAUGGAAGAAUUGCUGCAUAUGCUCUUUACCAUGUAAACAAUAACAGUUACAACUGUUGCUAAGAUAACUGACACUUAUGGC